UUGAGCCAUGACAAUUGUUGAUAAUCAACUGGAGUUAUUUUUUUCCUUUAGAGUAAAAUAAUUUCAAGCCAAGCCCUUUCCCCCAGGGGGGCUCUUGGACCAUACAUUGAACAUAAGAUACCGACUUGCAUGAAGGGCUAAUGGAAAACCCAAGGGAUAUGGCUGAGCACACUCCCCGCUCAGAGCGGAAGAGGAGAGAUUCGUUUGGGAUGUUUGACGGGUAUGACAGCUGCAGUGAAGACAGCAGUAGCAGCUCCAGCUCAGAGGACAGUGAGGAUGAAGUCCCCAGCAUCCCCGCCAGCCUGCCAAUCAUCAAGAACAACGGCCAAGUGUACACCUAUCCUGAUGGAAAAGCAGGAAUGGCAACCUGUGAGAUGUGUGGUAUGGUUGGUGUGCGAGAUGCUUUCUACUCUAAAACAAAGAGAUUCUGCAGUGUAUCCUGUUCUAGAAGCUAUUCCUCCAAUUCUAAAAAGGCCAGUAUACUGGCAAGACUUCAGGGUAAACCACCUACAAAAAAGGCAAAAGUCUUACAGAAACAGCCAUUAAUGGCAAAGUUGGCAGCUUACGCACAGUAUCAAGCAAAUCAACAGAACCAAGCUAAAUCAAAAUCAGUGGUACCUGUUGAAGGCUUUGACUGGGGCCAGUACAUUUGUAGCAAUAAUCUUGUUGGGGCACCAGUCAGCUGUUUCAAACAUGUGCCCAUGGGUAUGUGCUGGGGUGACAUAGCAGAGGGGGUGAGGGUGGAGGUCCUCAAUUCUGACACAAACCUCUCCACAAAAGUUUACUGGGUAGCAGGGAUUGUCAAACUGUCAGGUUUUAAAGCUCUUCUGCGCUAUGAGGGUUUUGAUAACGACUCGAGCAAAGACUUCUGGUGUAAUCUGUGUAUCCCAGAAAUCCACCCUGUUGGAUGGUGUGCUACUAGUGGAAAGCCACUGGUGCCUCCGAAAUCCAUCCACCAUAAGUAUUCUAACUGGAAAGCGUUUCUUGUGAAACGACUCACUGGAGCCAAAACACUUCCACCAGAUUUCGCCACAAAGGUAAGACACUAUCCGAGCAGUGAUCAUGAAACCGUUUUCCGUGUCAGACUGCCUUAUAGGAGUCUGAAUGGUUUUCGAUCCUCUGUAGAGGUGACAAAGAAAAUGGAGGGUCAGAUGGAUGCUCCGUCACAGUUGUUUCUUAAGGUUAAGGAUGUGGAUCAGAGUGGGGAAUGGUUUAAAGAUGGAAUGAAGUUGGAGGCAAUAGACCCUCUAAAUCUCUCUGCUAUAUGUGUUGCUACUGUAAGAAAGGUGUUGGCAGACGGGUACCUAAUGAUCGGGAUUGAUGGUUCUGAGGCUGCUGAUGGGUCAGACUGGUUCUGCUACCACUCAACCUCUCCCUCCAUCUUCCCAGUCGGCUUCUGUGAAAUCAACAACAUUGAGCUCACACCCCCAAGAGGGUACACCAAACUCCCUUUCAAAUGGUUUGACUACCUCAGAGAAAUGGGCUCAAUUGCAGCCCCUGUGAAGCUCUUUAACAAAGAAGUACCGAAUCACGGCUUCCGUAUAGGUAUGAAGGUGGAGGCAGUGGACCUGAUGGAGCCACGUCUGGUGUGUGUCGCCACAGUGACCAGGAUCGUCCACAGACUCCUACGCAUUCAUUUUGAUGGCUGGGAGGAUGAGUAUGAUCAGUGGGUGGACUGUGAGUCUCCAGAUCUCUACCCCGUAGGCUGGUGCCAACUGACUGGCUAUCAGCUGCAGCCACCUGCCACACAGACCACAAGAGAAGCACCACCAAAUGUCUCCAAACAGAAAAAGAAGACUGCACAGUAUAAAGGACAAAAGAAAAAGAGGAAGAUUCCAGUUGGGAGGAGGCCGAUCGGUUUGGGUGGGCCUCUGAGGAGGAGGAGCUUCUUGGGUGAUGAAGAGCAGACUCCGCCCCAUUACCUGUCCCACUUCUCUGGGUCCGGGCGACCUCCCACCUCAGGUGUAGAGCAUGAUCGCUCUCUCAACUCAGGUAACUCAAUUCUCCAUCACUCAGGGAGAGGGCGCCACAGAGCUCAUUCCUGUAGAACUUUUCAGGUCGGCCAGCAUGAAGAGUUGCACAUCAUCAGGUGUCUGAGUCAUUUGUGCAGCAUACACCAUUAACAACCGUUGCAUGAUAAAAAAAGGAUAGUUUUACGUUUGACUCAGAAGAAUUGUGUGCACUUUUUAUUCACUUUCUGUGGUGUGAAUUAAUAGUAUUUGGAUGUUAAAGGAAUGGGUCACCAAAAAUACUGUCAAUUCUGUCACUUGCCCUCAUGAUCUUUAAA